AGUGCGCUUCACGCUCAAAUAACAGAACUUAGCAUUUCUCUUGAUCCUUACCAGCAAUCUGUCAUAUUUGCCGAUUUCUUUUAUGUCUGAAUGUUGAAGUAUGCAAAGGUAACGCAUUAGAUACACAGGGGGAUCUGAAUUCCCCUUUUGUUUCUUGCUGUCAUUUAAAAGUAAUUUUAACUUUGACGAGUUCCUCAUUGAGAACAACGGAUUCAGUUUGAAGAUGUUGAAUACACUUUACAGACAGAUGAUGUUUCCUGAAUCAACUGCUUUCUUUUUGAUUGUUCUUGUGUUCAGUUCCGGCACUGGUUCAAGUGAAGAAUUAAUAAAAGUCACAGAAACACAAGAAACAAAAGCAGAAGGGUCAUGUGUUACCAUCGCUUGCACCUACAAACAUGGAUAUGAUCAGAACAUUAAACUUCUGUGGUUUAAGGAUCCAAAUUAUGAUCGUGAUAAAAAGUCAUAUACUGGGACUAUCGUAUACAGUAACGCAGAUGAUCGUCCUCAGUCACCAGGUUACUCGAGUAGAGUGGAAUUCAUUACAGGUAAAGCAGAAGAAGCCACAGACUAUUGGAGGAAAUGUGAUUUAAAAAUCAAUGAUCUACAAAAGUCAGACAGUGGGAACUACAGCUUUAGAAUUGACUCAGACACAAAGUACAUGAGCAAAGCUAUGAAUCUCACAGUUACAGACAAUCGUUGCAAACUGAACAUUGACCCAUCAGAGAUGAAGGAUUCAGUCAAAGAAUGGGAUGAAUUUAGUGUUCGCUGUUCAACCUCUGAUUCAUGCCCAUCUAAUCCUGAGUGGAUUCUCCAUAAACCAGGACAAGAACCAAAAAGAAUGACAUCACCAAUCAAGGAAAUCACAGAAGAGAACAAUGAAGGCAAAAAAAUCACCAAACUCAAAAUCAAACCAACAUGGGAGGAUGAUAACAUGAUGUUGUCUUGCCGUCCAGCAAAGACUCAAGACAGCUGUCUCUUCAAAAAUAUCACUCUGUCUGUAGAAUAUAAACCAAAGAAGGCAGAAGCAACAGUACGCCCUGUGGAUGUCAAGGAAGGAGAUUCUUUCACUCUCUCUUGUACCUCUAGAGGGCGCCCUAAUGUCACCAUGUCAUGGUUCAAAAACGGGAUAAAGAAAACACAACUGGUUGAGUGGAGACUACAUGAUGUUAAACCAGAAGACAACGGAGAAUACUAUUGUCAAGCUGAAAACAAGCAUGGGGAAGUUCAAUCGAAUAUAAUUCGCAUCAUUGUUAAAUAUGGUCCAAAAGAUGUCCGAGUGACUCAAGCUGUCAACAUCAGUAAUCUCAAAGAAGGAAAUGAGCUGAAACUGAACUGUUCAGUAGGGGGCAGUAACCCAGCAGUCCAUCAGUUUAAUUGGUACUUGAAUGGAUCACAUAUAAAGCAACAAACCAACCAGAUAUUAUUUAUCAGUCAAAUAAGACCAGAAGAUAAGGGCUCUUACCACUGCAACGCCAUCAACAGCAUAAAAACAUCACAAUCUAAUAGUCUCCAGGUAUCUAUAAAGUAUUUACCACAUCAGAUUAAGAUAGACGGCGAAACCUCUGUAAAAAAAGGCUCCAAAGUAAUGUUUAAUUGCUCAGCUGAUGCAAACCCUCCACCAAACUCAUACAGCUGGAAACACACAUCUAUAUCUGAAUCGCUUCCUCUCUCAUUCUCAAAAACAACUGGAGUCUUAACCAUUGACACGGUGACCAUUCGUCAUGCAGGGACGUACGCAUGUACGGUUACCAAUGAUAUUGGUGGAAAAGAAAAAUCCAUAAACGUUACUGUUCUUUAUGCCCCUUCUAAACCUAUGUUGGCCAUGAAAAGUGAAAAAGAAUAUGGAGUAAUCUCUAUUACCUGCACAGUUGAAAGCUCUCCUGAAUCAAAUCUUAUAGUAAGCGGACCCUCUGACCUCAGAAGCAUGCGGGAGAAUAAAAUGAACAUCAGUAAAUCUGACAACAAGGUUACAAUAUACCUGAACGCAAGAGAGUCGGAUGCAGGUGUGUAUAAGUGCACAGCAGAUAAUUCAGAAGGAACAAACCACACUGAAGAAGAGCUGUUGUAUGCACCUAAAAAUGUCAGUGUUAGAUCUGAAGGGAAGCAGAUGACACGACACGAGCUGACUCUUGCAUGUAACACUCAAUCCAAACCAACACCGUCCUCUUAUGAGUGGAAGAAAAUCUUCAAUGGAGAAUUAACGACAGCGGGAAGAUCACAGAAACUUCACUUCCAUUCCCUGCAGACCGCUGACUCCGGUCAAUACAUCUGCAUAGUUAAUAAUAUCAUUGGAGAAGCAAAAUCUCUACCAGUAAAUAUCAAGGUGAAACUUGGCAGUCUUUCAGUACUCUAUCAGGUUAUUUUCCCCAUCAUUCUGCUGUUGAUUCUCAUCGCUCUAGCCAUCUUUUUGUUACGCAGGAAAAUCAUCAAGGGAUCUCAAAAUAAUAGUCGAGAGAAUCUGGCGAUGGCAGACGCUGCUGAUUCAAGCCGUGGAAGAACCGCUGACUUCUAUACAACACUCCAUUCUCCAGGUCCUGCGAGGGCACAGGUCUCUAGUGCGAGGCCAGCGUCAAAUACCCAACAAGUGUAUUCUGAGAUUACAUUGCCACAAAUGAAACAGGGAUGCGCCAAACCACAAGAAUAUGAAGAAUAUAGCUCAAUAAACUACGUCACUUUGGACUUCAGGAGACAACACGAGCUCGCAAAAAGAGCAUCUGAUGAUUCUAGCACAGCAAUCUACAGCAAAGUGUUCAAGAACAAAAAGUCACAGAAUUCCUCAGAGUCGGAGCUGCACGAUUAUGAGAACGUUUCUUCUGCAUGUGCUCCAAAACUUCCACUCACAAGCACAGACUGGGAGUCUGAUACCAGUGAGGAAGACGAAGUCAAGUACACAACUGUAUCUUGUACUGAUAAACCUGGUGUCAGAGAACCUAGGAAGAAGAGUUCUAGCAGUUCUGGCACUACUAGCUCUGAGGAAGACCGGACUGCAUAUUCAGACAUAAAAACAUAAACAUCUAUAUAUCUGACAGAUAUGUGAUAUCAUCAAGUGGGUUGUUGACUCCUCAAAAUGCCUUAAAAUGUUCAGAGUAGGGUUUCAUUACAAUAACAUAAUAUCACAUCUUUGUGAAUGAUACUGUAAAGAUGCUGUUGAUUGUAUGUUUGGUGCUAUAUGCUUGGUGUGAUGAGUGUAAUGUUUUGUGCAUAAAAAGACUGCUACACGUGUUUCUUAUACGCCAUAUUUUAAUUUCGCCAAUAAACUGUGUUACUUCUGAGUUAAGCUGUAAAACAUGUUACUACUGAACAGAAUUAAACAUGUUGAAUGUUAGCAGAUGUUUUCUUCAAAAACCCUUUAAGUCAGUUGUUUUAGUUAAAGCUUGGUUUCUAUUGUGUUAUGUUUGUAUGGAUAUAAAUAAUAAAAUUUGUAUUAUUAAUAAAGUAUUGCUACCAUAUCGCUAUUGCAAUUAAUUAAGCCAUUAAAAGCUUUACAUUUAUAUUUUUGUCAUAUGUGAUCAUGUUUCAAGGUUAGCCCUCUAUGCCAAUAUACUGUAACAACAAGCACAAGUUAAUAGAGUUGACUGUUGUGCUGUUAUUUCACCCUAAAAUCAGAUAAAAGAGUUAAACACCUGGUUUCACAGACAAGGCUCAGCUUAAGCUAUAGGGCUACAUAUAUCUUCAUAUUUUGGUUGCUUUUAUAAAAAUGCUUUAACAAACACUUCUGGUGUGCAUCUUGAGAAAACAAUCACUGAUACAAAAAGUGACACUGCUCAAAAAAGUGCCAUAAUCAAAAACAUUGUUGUGAAUAUUUUUGUACCUUGCAUUGCAAUGAACACACAGCUGUGGUUAAAAAGGUAUUCCUUCUUCUCCGUUUGUGCUCGGAAACAGAGCGGUCCAUUGUCAUGGUUCUGCACGUUAUCAAUCUCGACCGUACAGUCCUGAUCAACUGGGUUUCCAAGGAGUUUUGUGCGGCCUUUGAAGUUGUCCAAGACGUCUCUCUGUCCGGUGUGGAACAUGUAACCUUUCGUCAACACCCAACGAACCCAAAGAUGCACGGCAAGUUCCUCAUGCAUCUUAAAACUGCAGGGUAUCACCACACA